CUCAAGCAACGACCAACACCGCGUACAGAACAAGCUUCUCGAACGCGUGCCCUAGCUUGACUCACCCGGCCACCCCACACCGCCGUCCAAUUUCUCCAGCCAAGGCACAAGGCACCUCACCUCGCCCACAGCGUAACGUAGCCGCCCCCCACCCCCCAAAUCGCGUGGCUGAGUCCAGAUUGCAGUUGCUUCCGGCAAUCCCGCCGUCCCCAAGCCCCACGCCGCAGCCGCCGCACGCUGGGGGCGCGAUGCCGAAGAAGAUGGGCGUGAACUCCAAGGCGGAGGCGGCCCGCGAGCGGCGAUCCGCCGCGGAGGCCGACCGCCGGGACCGCCAGGAGCGCGCCAAGGAGGAGCAGUACUGGGCGGAGGCCGAGGGCCCCAAGUCCCGCGCCGCGCGCCGCCGGGAGGAGGACGCCGAGAAGCGCGCCGAGGCCGCGGCGCGCAAGGCCGAGAACCGCCGCCUCGCCGAGGCCGAGGCCGCCGCCGCCGCUGCGUCCGCGUCGGCGCCGUCCAAGGCCGCCGCGCGCAAGGCGUCCCGCGUCGCCGCCCCGCCGCCCAAGGUCACCGAGGCCGAGCUCGCGCGCCGCCGCGAGGAGGAGAGGCUCCGCCUCGAGUGCGAGGCCGAGGCCGCCAAGAAGCGCGCCGCGCGGAUGGCCGAGGAGGAGGAGUACGAGCGCGUCGUCCUCGUCGCCAACACCAACAGGGACGACUCCAUCAUCGAGGCCAGGUCAGUCGAGGAGGCCAUCGCGCGGAUGUCCGUCGUCGAUCCGCAGGCGGCCCUGCCCGCUGACAAGCAUCCCGAGCGUCGCCUCAAGUCGUCCUUCAAGGCAUUUGAAGAGGCAGAACUCCCCAAGCUGAAGGAAGAAAAGCCUGGCCUAACACUGCAUCAAUACAAAGACAUGAUAUGGAAACUAUGGAAGAAGUCUCCAGACAAUCCUCUUAACCAGGCUGCUGAGUGAUGUUACAUUUCCUACUGAACCACCUGAGCAAUUUGAGAUCAAUCCCCAAGCAGGAUUGGAUGCGCAGCAGAGCUUGAACCAGGCAGAUGUUCAGUUUCUCGGCGAAUAAUCACCAAGCUGCAAUGUAUAUUGAUUAGAGAUUUUACUAAGUUUCCUUUUUGUUCUUAAUAUGGUUGGGGCGUGUUAAUUGUACUUUGAAUUUUGAACAAAUUGGUGCCAUGUGCUGGAUCGUGACAAAUUGAGUUAUAGAGGCAACUUGUUUGGCUUAAUC